CCGGCCGGGGGGGGAGCCCCACAGAAAGCCAGGAGCGAGCCCACGGCCGCUGCUCGGAAAACGCCAACGCCACGGCUCCGGUCCGGCCCCGGCCCGAUUGCGUUCGGGAAGGGGAGGGCAGGACGGUCGGGAAGGAGAGGCUGGAGAGCACGAAGGAAGGAGGAGGAGGAGGAGGAGGAGAGGGACAGCCCCGCGUCCUGCCGCCAGCCCCGGUGCUGCGGGGAUGCGCUGAGCCCCCUGCUUGCACCAGGGGAUUUGUGGGGUGGCUGUGCCCAGCUGGCAAAGAGCGGCGCGGGGGCCAGGGGGAGGCCGUCACCCACCAGGCUGUAGCCACCACGACUCCUCCACGGCUCCCCCGGCUCCGCUGAGCGCUCCGUGCCCCGGUGACACCGUCACCAGGCGGGGGACGUGCCCCCGGAGGAGCAGCAGAAGCGUGCGGGCGGCCGCGGUGCCCCGGGCGAGGCUGGCUCCGGGGACGAGGCCGCCUUGCCCGGUGGCCGGCCAAACAGGAUGCGACGCUUCGAGACGCUGCGCCGUUCCUUCCCGUUCCUCGCCCGCUUCCGCGUCUACCGAAAGCUGAGCUGUAGCAUGCAGUCGGAGGAGGGCACGGACUGGCUGCUGGAGCUGCUCACCGAGCUGCAGCUGCAGCAGUACUUCCUGCGCAUCCGGGACGAGCUCAACGUCACCCGCCUCUCCCACUUCGAGUACGUCAAAAAUGAGGAUCUGGAGAAGAUCGGCAUGGGGCGCCCCGGCCAGCGGCGGCUGUGGGAGGCGGUGAAGCGGAGGAAAGCCAUGUGCAAGAGGAAGUCCUGGAUGAGCAAGGUGUUCAGCGGCAAGCGCCCCGAGUCGGAGCUGCCCCCCCAGCCGCAGAGCACCUUCCGCAAGCCUCCCACGCCGCCCCCCCCGGACACCGGGGGCCAGCACUCGCUGACCUGCCUGAUCCGGGAGCGGGACCUGUCGCUCUUCGAGAAGCUGGGCGAUGGCUCCUUCGGCGUCGUGCGCCGUGGCGAGUGGUGCACGCCCGCCGGCAAGACGCUCAACGUGGCCGUGAAGUGCCUCAAGACGGACGUGCUGAGCCAGCCGGAGGUGCUGGACGACUUCAUCCGCGAGGUGAACGCCAUGCACUCCCUGGACCACAAGAACCUCAUCCGCCUCUACGGCGUGGUGCUCUCCCACCCCAUGAAGAUGGUGACGGAGCUGGCCCCGCUGGGCUCCCUCCUGGACCGUCUGCGGAAGAACCAGGGCCACUUCCUCAUCUCCACGCUGUGCCAGUACGCCAUCCAGGUGGCCAAGGGCAUGGCCUACCUGGAGUCCAAGCGCUUCAUCCACCGCGACCUGGCCGCCCGCAACAUCCUGCUGGCCUCCAACGAGCAGGUCAAGAUCGGGGACUUCGGGCUCAUGCGGGCCCUGCCCAAAAACGACGACCACUACGUGAUGCAGGAGCACCGCAAGGUGCCCUUCGCCUGGUGUGCUCCCGAGAGCCUCAAGACACGCACCUUCUCCCACGCCAGCGACACCUGGAUGUUCGGGGUGACGCUCUGGGAGAUGUUCACCUACGGGCAGGAGCCCUGGAUCGGCCUCAACGGCAGCCAGAUCCUGCACAAGAUCGACAAGGAGGGCGAGCGGCUGCCGCGGCCCGAGGACUGUCCCCAGGACGUCUACAACGUCAUGCUGCAGUGCUGGGCGCACAAACCCGAGGACCGGCCGACCUUCGUGGCCCUGCGGGACUUCCUGAUGGAGGCCCAGCCCACCGACAUGAGGGCCCUGCAGGACUUCGAGGAGCCCGACAAGCUGCACAUCCAGAUGAACGAUAUCAUCACCGUCAUCGAGGGCAGGGCCGAGAAUUACUGGUGGCGGGGUCAGAAUAAGCGGACCCUAAAAGUGGGCCAGUUCCCCCGAAACACGGUGACCUCGGUGGCGGGGCUGUCGGCCCACGACAUCAGCCAGCCGCUUAAAAACAGCUUCAUCCACACAGGCCAUGGAGACACCAACCCGCAGCAGUGCUGGGGGUUUCCCGAUAAAAUUGAUGAGCUGUACCUGGGAAAUCCCAUGGACCCUCCUGACAUUUUAGGUGUGGACCUGACUGCUGCCAGACCCACCCAGCUUCCAGGAAGGGCUAAAAGGCAGCCGCCUCCGCGCCCGCCUCAGCCUUCAAUCCUGCUUACGAAGCCCUCCUACGACCCGGUCAGCGAGGAGGACGAGGGCCUGUCGUCUGGCUUCCGAAAACUCUGCCUGAAGAAGCCGGGCCCGGGGAAGGGUCUGCGGCUGGCCAAGCCCUCUGCCCGCGUGCCGGGCACCAAGGUGGGCGAGCGGCAGCCUGGCCGGCCACCCAGCGAGGGACCGGGGAGCGGCGAGGUGACCCUCAUCGACUUCGGGGAGGAGGUGCCCCCCGCCAGCCCCUCGCCCGUGGGGGAGCUGACAGCCCCCUCCCUCGCCAAGCUGGCCAUGGAGGCCUUCUCGCUGCUGGACAAGACCCCCCCGCAGAGCCCCACGCGAGCCCUGCCCCGACCCCUCCACCCCACGCCGGUGGUGGACUGGGACGCGCGGCCCUUGCCCCCGCCGCCCGCCUACGACGACGUGGCGCAGGACGAGGACGACUUCGAGGUGUGCUCCAUCAACAGCCCCCCCGGGCGGCGGGGCAGCCGUGCCGGGCUGCCCAGGGCGCGCGAGCGGGGCGAGACCAACUACGGCUUCGUGGACGAGGGCGAGCGGGCAGCGGGGCUGGAGGACAACCUCUUCCUGCCCCCCAAGGAGGCCAAGCAGCCCAGCCUGACGCAGACCACCGAAAUCUUCGAGGAGCUGCAGCAGGAGUGCAUGAAGAGGUUCAACGUGCCCCGGGGGCCGGCCGCCUGCCCGGCAGACGACAAACCCCAAAUCCCUCCCCGCGUCCCCAUCCCGCCCCGGCCCCUGCGCCGCAAUGAGCCCGGGCGCUGGUCGGGGGAGCUGUCCCCGGCCUCGGGGGGCGAGGAGGACCGGCCGCCCCAGAUCCCCCCCCGGGACCCCCUGUCGCAGCCCACCUCGCGGACGCCCAGCCCCAUGGCCCUGCAGGUGGGCUCCCCCCAGCAGCGCGGCGCCCUCUGCUCCUGCCUCUCCACCUCGCCGGGGAAGCCCAUGCCCACCACGCAGAGCUUCGCCCUCGACCCCAAAUACGCCACCCCCAAGGUGAUCCAGGCGCAGGGCAAGGACUGCUCCAAGGGGCCCUGCAUCCUGCCCAUCGUGAAGGACGGGCAGAAGGUCAGCAGCACCCACUACUACCUGCUGCCCGAGCGCCCUGCCUACCUGGACAAGUACGAGAAGUUUUUCAAGGAGGCCAAAAGCCCCGAGGAGGCACCGGCGUCCCGCGUGGUCACCACGGCCACCGUCCGGCCCAUGGUGCAGCAGCAGCCGGACUACAAGGCCAACUUCUCCUCCAACAACAGCAACCUCGGGCCCAAGUGCCUGGUGAAAGCCUCCUGCAGCCUCCAGAAGAUUGUCUACGAUGGGCCGGAUGGCUACCGCCCCUCUGAGAAGAUCCGGCUGGUGCAGGACAUGGUGCACGGCGUCACCACCGAGGAGUGCCAGGCGGCCCUGCAGAACCAUGGCUGGAACGUCCAACGGGCCAUCCAGUACCUGAAGGUGGAGCAGCUCUUCUGCCUGGGGCUGAAGUCCCGCGUGGAGUGCCACCGGGUGCUGGAGAUGUUCGACUGGAACCUGGCGCAGGCCAGCUCCCACCUCCUCGACCCCUGCGGCUCCUCCCGGCAGAAGCGGUGACAGCGGGGACCAGGCGAGCUGCGUUGGAUCCGGAGCAGGCGCCUGGCUGCGGGGCCGCCGCGCAGUGCCCACCCCGGGCCGCACCACCCGCUGCUGGACUCUGGACUGAGCCCCACCUGGGGGACGGGGGUGCCCCAAAAGGGUCUGGGAAGGCCCCGGCCUCUGUGCCAGGCUGCCUGCGCCCUGGCUUGAGAGAUGAGCUCCGUCCCCUGGCCUGUUGUUGAAUUGUUUUUUGUAAAGAGAAAUGUAAUUUUAAUAUAUAUAUUAUAUAUAUAUAUUAUAUAUAUAUAUAAAAUAUUCUAUGGAGAGGAG